UGAAUAUAUAUAUAUUUAUAACAACAUAAUAAUAUAAAUAAAACAUAAAAUAAAAAAUACAGAACAACAUAAUAUUAUAUGUCUAUGGUUGGUGAAUUAAGAUUUGUAAUCUGUGAUAAAAUAUUCGAGUUUCAACUUUUUUGUCUUGUAUGUGUAAUGUGUAUAUUUUAUAUGAUUUUUUAUGAUUUUAAAUCACGAAUGAACAUACGGAAUAGUAACAGAAUUCUCAAGAGGCGACGUACAUAGUCUUAUAUGUAUUCAUUCAAAAUGAAAGCUGAGACAAAUGAAAUUGAUAAAACUAUUGAGUGUUCAGCUUUUGAAGAUGACUUCAAGACUCGUAUAGAUAAAAUGGAAGAUGUUGAUAUUUCCGAAAAUUACAUUGAUGAAAAUGGAGUUCAUGACAGAUUAGACCUGAAAAAUAUCAUUGUAAACGACUUGAGAUAUCCAUCCGAACAAAUUGGUCUCCCUGAUAAUUCUUCAAAAACGAAAGAAUCACCCAAAAUUCUUGAAGAAUUUCCUAAUUCGAGAAUGAAAAAACAUAGGUGUAACCUAUGUGAUUAUGCUACAAAUCUGAAAAAGAAUCUCGAACAACAUAUAAAUUCUAUACAUCCAAAUCUGAAGGCACAUAAGUGUCACCUGUGUGAUUAUGCUCCAGCUCUAGAAAAUUCUCUCAAACGACAUAUUGAUUCAGUCCAUUUAAAAUUGAAGAAACAUAAGUGUCACCUUUGUGAUUAUGCUGCAACUGAAAAAGCGCAUCUCGAAAAACACAUAAAUUCUAUUCAUUUAAAUUUGAAGAAACAUAAAUGUCCUCUGUGUGAUUAUGCUACAAGCAUAAAAGAAUGUAUCAAAAAACACCUAAAGUCUGUUCAUUUGAAAUUGAAGGAACAUAAGUGUCACCUUUGUGAUUAUGCUACAAAUGAGAAAAACAAACUCAGAAAUCAUAUAAAUUGUAUUCAUUUAAACUUGAGGGACCAAAAGUGUCACAUGUGUGAUUAUGCUACAAAUUUGAAAAUAACUCUCAAACGACAUAUAGAUUCAGUUCAUUCAAAUUUGAAGGAACAUAAGUGUCUCCUAUGUGAUUAUGCUACAAAUGUGAAAGAGAAUUUCAAUAAACAUAUAAAUUCUGUUCAUUCUAAGUUGAAGAAAUACAAUUGUCACCUUUGUGAUUAUGCUACAAAUGAGAAGGGAAGGAUCAAAAAUCAUAUUAAUUGUGUUCAUUUAGAUUUGAGAGAACAAAAGUGUCACUUGUGUGAUUACGCUACAAAUUUAAAAAAUAAUCUCAAACGACAUAUAAAUUCAGUUCAUUUAAAAUUGAAGGAACAUAAGUGUAACCUGUGUGAUUAUGCUGCAAAUCAAAAAGACUUACUCAAAAAACAUAUGAAUUCUGUUCAUUAAAAUUUGAAGAAAAAUUUGUUCUCAAUCGACAUAUAAACGAAACGUUACCAAAUUACUGAAAUAUCGUAUAUGAAUAUUAAUUAUAGUGCUUUUUUUUGUUGAAGAUUCUUGUUUCUAUAAAUGAAGUAUAUUUAUUAUUUUCAAAUGAAA